AGGGGCGCGAGUGACGUCACGUACGUUUCUGAGUGGACAAACAGAGCACGAGAGCCCUUACAGGCUGCAGACCUGCUGCAGGUGAACAAGCAGGGCCACACAGUGCUGAUCAUCACAAAAUACACUACUUACUUAAUAAAGUAUGUCAGCUGCAGUUUUGGAAUAAAGAUUACUCAAGUGUCCCCAACCAUCACACACACACACCUCCACACAUUCACAUUCAACAGUAAGUUCCCUUUUGUUGACAUGAAAGCUCUGUCAUCACCCUAGUUCCUUGUUGGAAAAUAGUAUAAAAGGGAAGUUGAACAAUCUGACCUAUAACACUCUUGAGGAAGAGAAGUAGGAAGGUUCAACUAAGAGCAGAGGACGGUAGUUUUUGGUCGACAAGGAUCGGGGAGUCACAUUGUAAGGUGAGAUAAGAAAAAGAAGUGUAGCCAAAGGAGGGGAGCAAGUGACUGAAAGAGGAAGAAACCGCAAAAAAAAACAACCAGCAGCUACAGAAGAAGAGAAGAAGAUGGAUGGAAGUGUGGCACAGAGCUGCUGGCUGUUGCUCACACUCGCUCUGAAAGGUAUUCUUGCAGGUGAUUGGUCAGUCCAUCUUCCCUCCAGUCCUAUCUGUGCUGUGAUUGGUUCCACUGUGGAUCUCCCUUGUUCCUAUGACUACCCCCAAAGUGCUAAUGAAACCAAGGAAGACGGAAGGCUCCCUCCUCAGGGUGGAGGAGGAGAAGAACGGUACAAAGUUCUGUCUGAGAUGUGGUGUCUAGAAAACAGUCGCUGUAUCACACAAAGUUACGUCUUCCACAGUGAAGGUAUCUUCCCAGAUCCAUCCUACCAGAACAGGGUGGAGUACCUGGGACAACCAGGAAACAAAACCUGUUCUCUGAGGAUUUCUGAUCUCAGACAGUCGGACAGCGGAGCAUACGUGUUUUAUCUCAUCACCAGCCACCCUACACAGAAGAUGCCAGAGCAGAGCGGAAUACAGCUCCUGGUGGCAGACUCCCCCAGCACGGUCACAGUGUCAGCAACUCCCUCCAGUGACAUCACAGAGGGUGGGGCCUUACGUCUGGCCUGCGGCAGCCCUGCGGCGAGUCCACAGGCCAGUUUCAGAUGGUACAAGAGCACCAGCACCAGCCUGAAAUACACUGGACAGGUGUGGGACCUUAGUGAGAUUACAUCUGAUGACUCUGGCAGCUACUACUGUCAGAUACAGGCUGGAGAUAAAGUGCAGAACUCGACGAUGCUGCCCAUUGACGUAGAAUACUCUCCUCGAAACACAGCUGUGUCAGUCCUUCCUGCAGGAGAGCUACAGGAGGAGCUUCCUGUGACUCUGACCUGCAGCAGUGAUGCUAACCCACCUGUCCGCACAUACAGCUGGUACCAGGGUGCAGCAUGUCUCCCUACGGCAGACAAAAGCUUUCAUCAAGUGAAACAGUCCCCAGCUACACCCACAGAACGUGGACCGACAAUCAGCAGUGCCAGCAUCAUCGCUAAGGACGAGGGGCAGCACUGCUGUGUGGCACGCAACACACACGGAUCACAGAGUAUCAGCGUCACAGUCAGAAGUUCCAGAGGAGCAACAUCUCAGUCUUCAGGAGGCAGAUUGCUGAUUAUUGGAUUGACCAUUGGUGUUCUACUGGCUAUUUUGGCCCUUGUGGCCUUUUUAAUGAAAAGGAGAAAGACCUCAUCCAGACACCAGUCGUAUGUUCUCACCGCGACUACUGCUACAGCACCUUAACCACCAGAAGAGACCAUGUUUUCUCAAUAAUCUCAGAUACUCUUGUGCAUUUACCUUCUUGCCUCAUGUUGCCAAGUAAACGCAAGCAGAAAUCUAUAAAUUAGUAUUACAUGAUAUACUGGGACAGAUUUUGGCCUGUUUGAGUCCCCUUGACUGAAGAGAAACCACUUCCAAGGCUGUUGACAGUGGCACCAGACAACCUGAAGCUCAUGGGAUCCAUUGCUGUACAUUCAAGAAAACAAGACACAAUUCUGCAACCCUUAAUAUUACUGAUUUCAAUGCAUUGAGCUCAACAAGGAUGGACUUUGUGUACUUGGGCUUUAAGCCUAUAGACUAUAUAAAAGACAUGGCCACUGUGACUGCACCAUUUGUUUGUGGACUACGGUAUUGAAGCUUCGAGUCUGACAAGUUGGUCGUCUUGGCUUUUUUGGAACCAGAAGUGACCAUAUUUGGAGGAUAAAGUGAACCUUGAGAGGACUCUAAGUUAUCAGCUAGCAUUAGCCCUAGCUAGCUUGUUUAGCAAAGAACCUCUGUAUUUCAAAAUAAAGAGCUGAAAACUCACAGUUUGCAGUGGUAGCAAGAAUCACAAGGUAGCUAUGCCCCAAAGCAUACUUUCUUUACCAUCUGUUUUAUGUUAUUGAAUUGGCACCAAAUCCUACAAAAUGAACCUAAUACUGUAGUAAAAAAGACUUGAAACUAGCAAUUGAGACCAUAAACUCAUUAUGAGAAUGUUUAAAUGAAUUGAGAUAUUCUUUGACUUUCAUACAAACAAACUCCAUUUUGCAGUCAGUGUAGUGGCCCCCUGCUGGCCACUAGAAAGAUUGCAGUUUUAAGGCACUUCCGCACUGGCUUCACUUUUCAGACCUUGAUUUUUCCGCUUGACUUUAAGAGACAAAUGCUUCAUUUGAAAACGACUGAAAUGAAACAAAGGAAGAACUAUUUAAAUAACUUUAUUCUGUUUACUCGUGGCUGUUUGAUCAUGUGUUCCGUUUGUUUAACUGUGAUUUUAAGCCAAAUGUUAUUGUCAGGAUUUAACCAAGCAACAAAUAUUUAUUUUAACAGAGAUAUUAGACUGAAAAUCCUCCUUUUUACUUUGUGUUGUAGUCUGCUGAACUGUUGCAGGAACAGAUGUGAAUUUGAAUACAUCCUCCAUGGUUCAUCACAUAUGACAACCACAUGACAUCCGGAGUUACUUUCAGUACUGUGAUUUUAACAGCAUGCCACAGAGUGCACCAAGUACUCUAUAUGCAAUGUCCAGAGACAGCUGUUAGUGAAAAUGAUGAGCAUGAAAAUGGUGACGGAAAAUACAGUCAUAAUGAUCCAAUUAAAAGCUGUUUGCAGUAAGGAAAGGGUCACAUCUGUGUGCUUCUGAGUAAACGCUUAAGUGUGAUAAGGCUUUAACAGAUACUGACCAGAGCCCGAGGAUGAAAACCAGGAGGACAGUGACUCUGACAUCCAUUAACAAGAAGUUCUCGAAUAUCAGCUCUCUGUCUCAUUAGUCUAUUUUUAGAAUUUUGCUUUUGUCUGAUUUAUCAUAUUACAGUGUGCUGAGUAAGUAUGUGAUGCACACAUCUUCUAUUUGUGAAUGCUAAUCAAGUAAACAUGGAAGUACACUGAGUUCUUAGUUUUCAUCAAAUAUUUAAAGAGAUAGUAUCACAUCAGUUCAUGAGCUGUUUUGUUGGUUGCAUUUACUGCACAAUUUUAACAUUUAUGUAAUGGGAAAUAGAUGCAAUUUGAGAUGUAAGGCCACUGAUUAUGUUGUAUAUAGUGAGCUUCUCAUUUUAAAGCUGUCUUAAACCUACAAUGUGUAGGAUUUAGGGGGAUCUAUUAGCACACAUUUAAUAUAAUAUUAAUAACUAUGGGUUCAUUAGUGUAUCAGUGUAUGUCACCUGAAACUAAGAAUUGUUGUGUUCUUGUUAGGUUAGAAUGAGCCCUUUAUAUCUACACUCUGAGACCACCAUGUUUCUACAGUAGCCCAGAAAGGACAAACCAAACAUUGGCUCCAGAGAGGGCCUUCCAUUUUUUCACGUAACCUUAAGGCCACCAAAGGCUCACACUUGAAAAGGCAAGGGUGAGCGGAGAGUUUUCCAGUUGGUUAUACACUGAUCC